AUAUUUUAGUCAAGAGAUGGUACUAAUAUUAGAGUAUAGAUUGCUUUUAAGUUUUUUACAGUGAGUUUUGUGUGUUUAUUUAAGGGGGCGUUAAUAAGUUCAAUCGAUACAGGGCAGAGGUCUCUGAAGAAUAGAUCAUCGAAGAAUGGAAAUACUGAAUAUGGACAAAAUUUGCGCAGUCCAUAGAAAAUGAGUGUUACAGCGCAAUGUCCAAUAUUGCGUUCUCGAAUAUGGCGAAAGUUGUGAAUUUACGUGUUGUGAUAAGUGCUACCUUGUGACUUACUAUGUUUGAAAAUGGAUAGUUAAGCAAUUAUUUAUACAAAGAAAGUGUGAUAAUAGUGUAAAUAUACGUAUUUGUUGUUAAUUUAGUGAAAAGAAAUAAAAAUGUCUACAGACAAAAUAAAAGUUGCUGUUCGGCUCCGUCCUUUUAACAGAAGAGAGCUUGAGAUGAGGGCGCCAAGUGUUGUUGAUAUCGAAAAGGAUCAAACAAUCCUCCAUCAGCCAACAUCUUUGGAUAAAAUGGAUAGAAAGCAACCAAAGACGUUUGCUUUCGAUCAUUGCUUUUGUUCAGUGGAUCCAACUAAAAAGGACUUCGCUUCCCAGGAGGUUGUUUUUGAUUGUUUGGGACGAGAUAUCCUGGAUAAUGCCUUCCAAGGAUACAAUGCAUGUAUUUUCGCAUAUGGUCAAACAGGAUCCGGUAAAUCGUAUACCAUGAUGGGUUCUCAAGAUAAUAAGGGUAUAAUUCCAAGAUUAUGCGACUCAUUAUUUGGCCUAAUAGCAAAACAACAAAGUUCAGAAUUAACAUAUAAAGUUGAAGUUAGUUACAUGGAAAUUUACAAUGAAAAGGUACAUGAUCUACUAGAUCCUCAAACAAAUAAGCAAUCUUUAAAAGUCAGAGAACACAAUGUCCUUGGACCCUAUGUUGAUGGUUUGUCACAGCUUGCUGUAACUUCGUUUCAGGACAUCGACAAUUUGAUGGCGGAAGGUAAUAAAUCACGAACAGUUGCUGCAACAAAUAUGAAUAGCGAAUCAUCAAGAUCUCACGCAGUAUUUACAGUAAUACUUACCCAAACCCUGGUAGAACCUAAAACAGGUGUAACUGGAGAGAAAGUCAGUAGAAUGUCACUAGUAGAUUUAGCUGGUUCAGAACGGGCUGUGAAAACUGGAGCAGUUGGAGAAAGACUCAAAGAAGGCUCCAAUAUUAAUAAGUCGUUAACAACCUUAGGUCUAGUCAUUUCAAAAUUAGCGGAUCAAUCGUCGGGCAAAAAUAAAGAUAACAAGUUUGUGCCAUAUAGAGAUUCCGUACUAACAUGGUUACUAAAAGAUAACUUAGGGGGUAACAGCAAAACAGUCAUGGUUGCUACCAUAUCUCCGGCAGCUGAUAAUUAUGAGGAAACUCUAUCUACUCUACGGUACGCGGAUCGAGCUAAGAGAAUUGUUAACCAUGCUGUUGUUAAUGAAGAUCCAAAUGCUAGAAUUAUAAGAGAAUUAACACAAGAAGUUGAAGCUUUGAGGGAAAUGCUUAAACACGCUACGGGAUCUCCUGUUGGUGACAUUCAAAGAGUUGAUAUACAUCAAAAAUUAAAUGAAAGUGAAAAAUUAUACAAAGAAAUGUCGCAAACUUGGGAAGAAAAAUUAAUGAAAACGGAAAGAAUUCAAAACGAACGACAACAAGCUUUAGAAAAAAUGGGCAUUAGUGUGCAAGAUUCUGGUAUAAAAGUGGAGAAAAAUAAAUAUUAUUUAGUGAAUUUGAAUGCUGAUCCUUACCUAAACGAAUUAUUAGUAUAUUAUUUAAAGGAUGUCACAGUAGUAGGUGCUAGUAGUAAUGGGUCUGGUAAAGAACCAGAUAUUCAACUAUCCGGUUUGGGAAUCCAACCUGAACAUUGUAUUAUUACCAUAGAAGAUAAUGGUUUAUUCUUGGAACCUCUUGCCAACGCUAGAUCUUGCGUUAAUGGAUCUCAAGUCAGCCAGAAAACACAAUUACGUCAUGGUGAUCGAAUCGUAUGGGGUAACCACCAUUACUUUAGAGUCAAUUGCCCUAGAUCGAUAUCUGCUGCUUCAGAGCCACAAACACCAGCACAAAACAUCGAUUACAAUUUUGCAAGGGAUGAGCUAAUGACAAAUGAAUUGAGCAAUGAUCCAAUUCAGACUGCAAUUGCCCGGCUUGAGAAACAACACGAAGAAGACAAACAAGUGGCAUUAGAAAAACAGCGUGUUGAGUAUGAAAGGCAAUUUCAACAGCUUCGUAAUAUGGUGUCUCCAUCAACACCUUAUGCUCCAUAUUCAUAUGAUCCUCUUAAAAUUGGUUUGAGUAAGACUGCACCUUGUACCCCCACAACUCAAAUGAAAGUGGAAAGAUGGGCGCAUGAAAGGGAUGAGAUGUUUAGGCGAAGUAUAUGUCAAUUAAAAGAGGAUAUACUUAGAGCAAAUUCAUUAGUUACUGAAGCCAACUUUCUUGCCGAAGAGAUUGGUCGACAGACUAAAUUUAGUGUUACCUUACAGAUUCCUCCAGCUAAUUUGAGUCCUAAUAGAAGAAAAGGUGCUUUUGUCAGCGAACCCGCAAUUUUAGUGAAACGAAAUAAUUCUAGUCAGGUGUGGUCGAUGGAAAAAUUAGAAAAUAAGCUAAUAGAUAUGAGAGAAUUUUAUGCAGAACAUAGGGAUAUAGAAAAUGAUCAAGAAAACAAUAACGAGAUUAAAGGACCAGAUCCAUUUUUUGAAUCACAAGAAGAGCAUAAUUUAAUAGGAGUUGCUAACAUAUUUCUUGAAUGUCUGUUUCAUGAUGUUACUUUAGAUUACCAUACACCUAUUAUUAGCCAACAAGGAGAAGUAGCAGGUCGAUUACAGGUUGAAUUGAGUAGGAUAUCUGGCUCAUUCCCUCAAGAUAGAAUUUGUGAGGCAGCUUCUGAUAGUUCAUCUGAAUGUAGUCAUGAUGAAGAAGAACAAGGUACUUCACAAGUAACCAUCCGCGUUAAUAUAAAACAAGCGUCGGGCCUACCUCUUUCUCUCGCUAAUUUCGUAUUCUGUCAGUAUUCCUUCUGGGGUUAUCCGGAAGCAGUGGUUGUACCUGAUACUGCUGAUCCUAAUGUGAAUGGCCAACCAACAACUGUUAAAUUCGAUCAUUCACAAGUCUUUACAGUUAACCUAUCAGAGGAGUUCAUGGAACACUGCGCUGAAGGAGCACUUUCUAUAGAAGUUUGGGGAAACAGAAGCUCUGGAUUUUCAAAAUAUAAACCUGGUUGGGAAGUAGUAGAGCAACAGCUUGCUACAGCUAGGUCAUUACUUGAUAGAUGGUCUGAACUAACUAGAAAAAUAGAACUGUGGGUAGAAAUUCAGGAAUUAAAUGAUCAAGGAGAAUAUGGAGCUGUGGAAGUCGCAAUGAGAACAGACAUGCUGACGGGUGGCAUUUAUCAACUAAGACAAGGUCAACAACGAAGGAUUCAAGUGAGAGUAAAACCAGUACAGAACUCUGGUACACUUCCUAUAAUAUGUCAAGAGAUUAUUAAAAUUGAAGUAGGUGGUGUUAUUGUAAGAAGUAGAUUACAGAAACCCUUAGAUUCAUAUCAAGAAGAAGACUUAACAAUACUAAGAGAGAAAUGGAGCGACGCCCUACAGAAGAGAAGGCAAUAUCUAAAUCAGCAGCUACAAAAUUUAUCUGAAAAAAGUAAUAAAACAGAACAAGACAUUGAACGAGAAAAAAGUUUAAUGGAACAAUUGGUUAAUUUAACUGAAGAAAGCAAUGCUGUUUAUAUACCACAACCUGGGACAGGGAUACCUGGCGCUCCAGCCAUGUGGAGUCCUCCUCCUGGUAUGGAACCUCAUGUACCCGUGUUAUUUUUAGACUUAAAUGCUGAUGACUUAUCCACAAAUCCAGCUGGAGAAGAAGUAACGAUUGCAGGCGUUAAUUCUAUUUUACCAAAAGAAGAUGGGAAAGAGUUCUACAGUUUACGAAUUCUCAGUCAUUUAGAAAAAGACGUCUGUGCAGUUGCUGGUUGGGAUUCUUCAAUUCAUGAUAGCCCACAUUUAAACAAAGUUACUGAAGCCAACGAACGAGUAUAUAUGAUACUUCGUGUAACAGUACGGCUGUCUCAUCCAGCUCCAAUGGAUCUUGUUUUGAGAAAGCGAUUAGCAAUAAACGUCUAUAAACGACAGAAGUUCACAGAUAUAAUCAAAAAUCAGAUAAAAUCAAAAAUUGUUCGAACUGAUUUAGUAACGUCAUGCGGAGUUACUUAUUUAGUAGUUUCCAAUGUACCGAAAGCCAGUGAGGAAUUAGAAGGUAGAGAAAGUCUUGCACAAUUAGCAGCUUCUGGUGAAAAUUCUUCAAUGUGUGACGGCGAAACUUAUAUAGAAAAAUAUACAAGAGGAGUGAGUGCAGUUGAGAGUAUUUUAACUUUGGAUAGGUUAAGGCAAAGUGUAGCAGUUAAAGAAUUAUUACAAGCUAGAGGUCAGCCGUUAAUGAGAAAGACAGUCAGUGUACCCAACUUUUCACAGACUUUGGAAAAUAAAAACGGGUUAAUGCGAUUAGAUCUCAGUAGUGAGUCUCUACACAUGUCUCGAUCAGAAAGUGUUUCCGAACUCAAUAGUGAAUUGGGUACAACACCAUCACGAGGACGAUCAUCGUUUGGAAAAGACACUGAAGUAACACCACCCAAAUUUGGAGGACUAGGCUCCAUUCUCUCAGCUCGUCCCACAUUUUUAAAUCUCAACCUAAACUUGAAUUCAUUGAGAUUGCAACAACCUUCAAGUACAAAACUUUUCCCGGGUAUGGUAUCUCCAGCAAACACAAAACUAGGACUGAGAAUGACAACAUUACAUGAGGAACCGACAAAAUCGUUACCUCGAAAACAUUCUUUUGAUCUUUUAAUGGACGAUCCAAUUGAGGAGCAAGGUGAAGAGGGAAUUAAUGGAAAAACAGAAAUUCACUACGUUCAACGCAAGAAAACUUUCGCUAAAAAAUCUCUACCAAUGUCACGUACACUGGACUCAUUAACAGAAUUUGCUCCAAAACCCAAUACUCCAUCAUCCAGCUCUAGUGGUUACGGAUCUCAAGCUGUUUCAAUAACCAAUUUAUCUUGUGACGAUUCAUUAUCAAUGAAGAGUAUGAGUGUGGAUGAAACGCCAGAUUUGGAAUGCAAAUUGAACAACGACUUAGAACCUGUAUCAGAAAUGACCAACAUUUCAAAAGGAGUUGAGAGAUUAUCUGUGGAAGAAGACCAAAAUUUUACCCCCAAUGACGAAAGCUCAGAUGAUGUGAUUAAUGGUGGAGACAGUGAUUCUAAUCAAAAUCAAACAGGAAGUGACCUUAAUGAAUCAAGUUCUAUCGUGAAAACAAAUUUAUCUCCAGGAAGAGUCGUCAGACGGAAAAAGCAAAGCUCACGUAGUCAUUAUCAUAGAGCAUCUUUUCCCCAAAGUAGGACAUUAUUGUCAGAAAGUAAAUCAGCACAUAAUUUGGGUAGUAAAAAUAAUCUUGUAUUAUCAGCUGAAGACGAUAGUAUGGAUAGCUCCACCGAUCGUCUAGAAGAUGAACAUGAUAAUUUUGGUUCCCGCCCUGACCUCACCAAGUUUCAUGAUGUUCCCGUCCCUGAUUGGGUAGUGUUAGGAGAAAGUGUUCUUAUUAGACCUUAUAAUUCUUCUGGAGUUGUCGCUUUUAUCGGAGAAACUGAGUUUUCUACUGGAACUUGGAUAGGGGUGGAACUGGAUGCCCCAAAAGGUAAAAAUGACGGAAGUAUCAAAGGCAUUCGUUACUUCACUUGCAAACCUAAACAUGGGAUGUUUGUAAGAGCAGAUAAGUUGAUAUUGGAUAGAAGAGGUCGUGCUAUGAGGCUUGAUAAAGCUGAAGCUCUUGCUAACAACAGUAAAUGUUCAUUAAGUAAAGAUUCACGAACUAAAUCUCGAGGGAAUGGUUUGAAUACAGCAGGUACCAGAGCGAGUUCAAAGGCCAAAUAGAACAGACAAAUAUUUCGACCAUCUUAUCAUUAAUCCACCCUAUUUAUUGCCAUUUGCCGUGUUUAACGACACAAACUGUGUGCCGUCCAUUUACAUGGCGUAGUGUUAUUUAUUUAUCCUUGCCAUUUCUUAUAUACAUAGAAUAUCAUUGUACAGAAUCAUCUAUUAAGGUCUCAAGAACGAAAACACUGUUCUUAUGGAGAAUUAUGGUGUUGAUAGAAAGAAAGAAAGAAAGAAUUAGGUUGAUAGAUGAUUGUACUAGGCAUAUUUGGUUGCACUCUUAAAACUGCGAGCACUUAGCUUGGUAUUAUACUGAUUUACUAGCAAUUUAUACACACAAAUGCUUCCAUGUAUUGAAAAGUUACAGCGGAACCAGGUAUAUUUUUUGAAAAAAAAAAGAUAUAAUUUUAUACACAAUCUCUCGCUGUAACCUUAAAAUCAUGAAUAAAUGUCUUUACAGUAUAUUUAAGCUCUGUUGCACACCAGAAGAAUCUUUAAGUUCAGCCAAAUAUCUACCUCUUGUUUGAAACAGAAACUGAUAACUUUGGCACUCCUUCAAGUUGAACAUUGAACAUUUUUUUCUCUAAUUUAAAGGAAACUCCGCAAAAUACUAGUGCUAAGAAUGAAGAGCAAGAAAUGCUACCACAAAAUAUAAACAGAAUAAAUAAUAUGCUACUAAUUAUAGAUAUAUAUACAAAGUAUUUUUUAUAUACCAGUUACUUUAUGGCUAAUUUGUGGUUGCAAUACUUUUGUAUUUAGAAAAGAACCAUUCAACAAAUCUCCAUAAUUUCACAUAAUUGUGUCCCUACAAUUAUCACUACAUAUACACUAUUUUUAUGACAAACUGAUACAUAAUAUCAGGUAAAAUCAAUGUGUUAUAUUUUCACUUAAUUACUUUCGUUUUUAACUGGCUUAUUAUGAGAGACGUUCUGCGCAUUAUUUUUGAGAAUAAUGGAGUCAGAGCAAAUAUUUGCAAGUUGUGCACUAAAUAUGUUGUCUAGUUUCCUCUAUGCAACAUUGGCCACUUUUUUAUUUAAGCAUUUCUUUCUGUGAUAAUUAGUGUACACAGAGUUUUUUGGUUCUAACAUAUUCUGUGAAUUAAUUUAGACAUAUUUUUUGCUUGCUGUAUACUUGAACAGAGUUAAAAUAGGAUUAUGUAAUUGUAAUAGACAACUGUAGUUUACAACAAGUAUUUAACUUCUAUGUGUCUCUAGAAAAAUUUAGUGUUAAGAUAAAGAUGUAGAUGCAAUAGUAUUGAAAAUUUGUUUCGACCAUGUCUAAUUUUAUGAGAAGAAAACUUCAGUGAUAUUGUCAAUUACUGCUUAAAGGUUAUUAAUCUUUCUAAUCACAAGGGAUCAAUCUUGCAGUCAUAUCUUUCAAUUUGUUUUGUGAUAAAAAAAUAAGAGCAAUUGGAAGGCACUUUAAUUAUAAUUUUAUUUCUAUGAAGUAUACGGAUUUUUUACCUAUGACUAAUUUUAUUAUAUUUAUCUUUAGUGAAACGUCAAUAUUAUAUUAUAUUGAGCAUUUAAUUUAACAAAAUUUUUCCUAUUUAGAACACACAUCAGGAAAGCAUUUUGCAUAUGUAAAAAAAUGUUUAUCUUUCCUUCCAUGUAUUUAUUAUUGCACCUUGAAAAUUUACAUCUAUACUUUACUCUGUUACUUACCUUCAAGUCCAUCCUGAAAUAUUCAAUGGAAAAUUACAGAAAAUAAUACUUAGCUGUUAAUUUUUCAGUUAAUUCCAAUAUAUAUUCUCUACAUACAAUCUGGAGGAAAUGUGGCGGAAAUUGAUAGCGAAUGACAUAUUGACAUUGACAGUAAUGACACAUUUUUAUUACAGUAGCGUCACGAUUGGUAGGUGGCAGAACUAAAUUUGUGUUGCCGAGAGUUACAUACAAGUUGACCUUCUUUUUGGUAUGCACUGUGCAAAUAUGACCUUUUUGGUAUGUUCUGUCCAAAUAUUUUUCAAUCUUAUGUCAUAUAUCAAUCUUCAAUAAACGAAACUAUGAUUGAUUUGAAUUGAUAGUUCCUUUUUGUAUAUUGUGAAUUCAGGAUAGUUAAAAACAGAUAUUUUGAUAUUCGAGUGGUAGAUGAUCUAUUGAUUCGUGUGAUUGUCAGUCAAGUUAGACUUUGAUAAAGACCAAAAUAACAUCAAAAUAUGAAAAAUAUUCACUAUGGUGAAAUACAUAAUUUAUCAAAAUAGAUACCUAUAAAGUAAGGAUCAUGUAUUCACGAAAAUAUAUAUUUAGGCUUGUUUUUCUUGUGCAAUACUUCAUUAUUGCUUCUUAAUACUAUAUUUGAUUAUUAACAUUCCACAGAAAAUUAAUUUCCACUAGCUUUUAGCCUUAUUUGACAGUAUCAUUUUAGUUCUAUUCACAAAGUAACAUUCCAGAAAAAGUGUCUAAUUCUAGAAUUGCAAUAUAAUCUAGUCUCUGUGGUUUAUUUAUUGCUCAGCGACUUUAAGGUUUAGUCGUCCACUGACUGUGACUGAAGGAAUAAGAAUGAUAAAAUACAGUCAAUUUUUUCCAAAUGUUAAAAGGUGGCAAGUAAAAACUAUUUAGUAUAUUAGAAAAAAUAUAAGAGAUUAAUUGGGGGGAAAUACUAUAUAGUAACUAGAAUAUUUUUAAAUAUAUAAUCUAGCUAACAAGUAACAAUCAUAUUUUUGUAUGUUGGUAAUUAAUUCUGUACUCAAAUACACUCUGUGUUUGUCAUCCCAUACGACAUAACAAAAAACGAGAUCUGUAAAAUCUGAUAAUUUUUGAGAAAUUGUCGAUUUUUUUUUCAUUGUACUCUUCUAUGAAGCAAUAUUGUAUAAAACACUGCAUUUUAUGAAUAAUAAAAAUAAUAUUUUUUCAUGAGAAAUAGCACAUGGAAGGGUAUUCGCCAUACGUCAACAACAUUAACUUUAUUUUUUUCUAAAUAAAACAUUGAUUAAAUUAAAACGUAUUAUUUCCUUCAUACAACAAGAGUUAAUUGUUAAUACUAAUCUAACGUAUUUAUCUCAAUUCAUUAUCAAUACUAAUCACUUCUUCACAUAAUUUAAAAACACCAAUGUAGUAGCUUGUUGUAGUUUGCUGCAAUUUUUGAUUCUUAUGUAAUAACGCAUCUCAAGAAACUAUAGUUAUUUGUUGCCUUAAAUUAGUUAGUGCUUUAACAUUCAGGUAAAAACUGUUAGCGCCAUCUUUGAUUGGAGCAAAUAUAUCAAGAAUGCCCCCUAAUAAACAACCUAUGUGAGUUUCGAAUUUAAUAUUGUUUAUCAUUCUCAUAACCUCCGUCAUUUAUCCCAGUCAACAAAAUAAAAUACUAGACCUUUUCUUGUCCAAUUUAAAUAAUUCUGUCCAAUUUGUUAUAUAAUAUAGUGUAUUAUAUUAAACCAACAUUAUUUUUUACUAUUAUAAAAUGAUCUGUGUGAGAAAAGAAUCAUUUACUUGUCAACUACAAUCAAAUCUAAUCGUGAUUGCUCUAAAGAUACAAAUGAAUUUUUAAAAUAAGUAACAUACUCAGCAUUACAGCUCAAUAUUAGAAAAAUAAUUAUGAGUUGUGAUGAAAUUUAAGACAUAUUCCAAAUCUUAUGGACAUACUAAACUAUUUUGACAGCUAUUCAAUAAACCAAAAUAAAUUGUAUGUAAUAUAAAUUCAUUGUUAAUUUUAUUAUUAUGACUUCAUUUAAUGUAAUCAUUUAUUAAACUAUACCAUUGAAUAAAUAAACUCCUGGCCAAAAUUAACACAUCACUCAUAUUUUUCUCGAUAUUCUUUAUUUAUUGAAACUUACUGUACGACAAGUGGGCCAUCGACCUUAUUUGACAGUGACAGUAUUACAUGCAUGUUAGUAAGUUCAUUUGGGAGUAUAUGAAGUAGAAAAGAACCGCCAAAUAGAUUUGACAAUGGAGGAGGCAGUACGAGCAACGAUUCUCAUGAAUGAAGGAUAUUCAAUGCGAUAUGUUGCUGGUUUAUUAGAAAGACAUCAUUCCAGCAUCAGUCGUAUAAUGAAACGGGCGCGUACCAUCGAAGCCCAGGACAAUGGUGAAAACGUUGCACUAAUCAAAUUGAUGAUCGGUGUUGCUCUCAGUAAUAGGAGAAUCACCAGCAAUCUGCUAAAAAAUGAAUUAUCAGAUGCUCGAAAUAGCGAUAUAUCGUCUCCAAUUGUUAGAAGAUGUUUACAUGAAGCGGGGUUAAGCAACAGAAUACCAGCCAAAAACCCUUGCUUACCAGAGUUCACAAAGUUCGGAGAUUAAAUUUCACAAGACUAUAUCAGAAUUGGACCAUCAAUGAUUGGAAACGGGUUCUGUUCUCCGAUGAAACUAGAGUUAGCCUUAAAGUUCCAGAUAGACGUGAAGACAAGGAGAAAGGUUUCCCGGUUGUAAUAUCUCUUCUAAAGUUCUUUUUGGUGGUUACUCUAAAAUGUUUUGGGGGGGAAUUUGCUUCGAUGCUCGUACGGAAUUGCUCCUUAAAAAUGCCCAAUGUUACUUGGACAACAUUGUCGAAUAUGUAAUGCCUUUUGCUCCGUUUAUUAUUCGAUUUGAUGCAAAAUAUUGUUCAAUUUACAAGAUAUACUAGAAGGAAUUAUGUCACAGUAAGUUUAUUUAUUUUAAAAAUUCUGCAAAUAUUAACUACAAUAAUUCUUUUUAUAAAACACCUCAACACUAGGGACUUUAUAUCAUUCUAUUUAGUUUUAACUUUGAUAUCUUAAAAGUAUCAUCAGAGUUCUGCAAACAAAUGUUUUAAAUAUAUUUACAUUCUGUAUAAUUAAAUAGGCAGAUUCACAAAUAUGCAGAAAAGACCAAAAAAGUAGCCGCCAAUCGUCAGAUAUAUUUUUAAAUUAUAAUAAUAAUGUAAUAUAUUGGAAAAGGUGUAGACAGUUACGUAACACUAGAUACAUUAUAAUAAAUAAUUUUAGAGGAAGUUUUUUGGUCUUUCUGUAUUAUCCUGUACAUUCAAUAUGUAAAUACCAAAAUUUGAUCAUUCUAAAAAUAAAACUUGCUUUUUUGUUUCCACUCGAUAUAGGUUUGUUGUUUUUUUAUGUAAUUUAGAUACAAAUAGUUGAAAAAUAUUUUAUAUAUAUGUGUACAUUUUUGUUGUUUACAUUAAAUUAUUUUAACCUCAUAUUUUGAUAGUUUUAAAGUUUAUUUGUAGCUGUGGUCCUACAAGCAAUUAAAAUAAAAGAUUACA